AUGGAAGACAGCACGAUGCACUGCGCCGUCUGCGGAGCCUCGAUAGCUGAGCGUCAAGCCGCAACGCUACUAAGCGACCCCGCCAGAGAGCUGGAGCAGGUGAAGGAGCACUUCGACACGAAAUGGGGUCCCUCGAGAUUCACCACCGAACUCGGCAUCGACGAGCUGCCAGCCACCAAUGCCGGCAAGGGCUUCUUCACCGCCGACGACGACGGCCGCAGAGUGACACCAUGCUCCUCGGACGAGUCCGUCGCCGGGGCGGACCGCUACUACAUCCCCGUCCACAACUACUGCCUCGCGCUGGCAAAGCGCAUCCUGGCCUCGCGCCACGGCCGAAUCUGCAGCAUGCGCCAGUUGUGGAAAGUCCUCCGCACCAGGUGUCUGUCGUCCGUCGCCAGCGGCCGAGCGGAACCGCUGGCGAGGAUCGACGCUCCUGACGGCUAUCACCUGCCGCCCAGAGAGGCGGAUGCAGACGAAUACGACGGUUGGUGCACGGCAGACGCCUGGGACAUCCCCGACCUGACCGCGGGCGUCCUCGCCCAGAUGACGCCCUCGAACCCUUCUCUGGACGACGCCUCCUCCUCUUCCUCCUCCUCGGCCGGCUUCCGGGCCCGGUUCGAGCGGCUGCCGCAAGAGCUGAAAGACCACGUCCUGUCCUUCGUCUUCACCGAACACCACUUCCCGCCCGACUGCACGCGCCUGAUGCCGCAGACCGCCUGGAUGGACCUGCUGAUGCAAGCGCAGCUCGUGCCGUACCUGUGGGACCUGCGGCGCGACGAGGUGGAGAAGAAGGUGGCCGAGGGGCGGGCAAGGGGGGUCGAGUGGGACUUCGAGCUGCUGGUCCGGCGGCUCUGCCAGUCGCGCUCGGCGGCCAACGGCGCGUCCUUGUCGAGCAUGCCGGACGGCCUGCGCAACCGGCAGCGCAUCUGGGAGCUCGUCGAGGCCAUGCACAUAGGCGACUUCCUCCCGUUGACGACGUCUGCGAGCCCCAGCGGUGCCCCUGACGCCGGCCGACCACCCGCGGCGAUCCCGCGAUACUGGGACGAAGAAGGGACCCUCCAGUACCCGUUGGUCUGGAUGCGGAGACUGGCUGGAGCUGGAGCUUGA